CUGAGAGAGGGUUCAAACAGAUGCAAGAAAGUUGAAGUGAAGUUAUAAGUUUCUCUCUCGCCCUCCAAACAGAAAGAUCAUGGCAGUGAACGAGUGGUUGCAUGGAUAUCUGGAGGCAAUAUUGGAUGCAGGAAGCAGCACCAGGAAGAGGAAUAACGAUGGAAAGCACAGAAUCACAAGGUUUGAAGAAGAAGAAGAAGAAAGAAAUUUGGAAGGAGAAAAUAAGAAUAAUUACAAGUUCUUCAGUCCUACAAAGUAUUUUGUUGAACAGGUUAUCGAUAGCUUUGAUGAAUCUGAUAUUUACAGAACUUGGGUUAAGGUGGUAGCGACAAGGAAUAGCAGAGAUCGCAGCAGUCGGAUGGAGAAUAUGUGCUGGCCGAUUUGGCACCUCACUCGCAAAAAGAAACAGAUUGCAUGGGAUGAUGCACAAAAGCUUGCAGAACGGCGAUUUGAGAGAGAACAAGGCCGGAAUGAUGCUGCAGAUGAUCUGUCAGAACUUUCAGAAGGUGAAAAAGAGAAAGAUGUAAAUGCUUCGGAAUCUAAGAAGGACAUUCCCAGGAUCAGUUCGGAAAUGCAACUUUGGUCGGAUGAGAAUGAGCUUAGGAACCUUUAUAUUGUCUUAAUCAGUGUUCACGGAUUGGUAAGAGGAGAGAACAUGGAACUUGGGAGAGAUUCUGAUACUGGUGGUCAGGUGAAAUAUGUGGUGGAACUAGCUCGUGCACUAGCAAACACAAAGGGAAUAUAUAGAGUUGAUCUACUAACCAGACAGAUAGCUUCACCAGAAGUAGACUCAAGCUAUGGGGAGCCCAUUGAGAUGUUGUCUUGUCCUCUUGAUGGCAGUGGCAGCUGCGGAGCUUAUAUCAUCCGGCUUCCAUGUGGCCCACAAGACAAAUACAUACCAAAGGAGUCACUGUGGCCAUACCUACCUGAGUUUGUAGAUGAAGCUUUGAAUCACAUUGUGAACAUGGCUAGGGCUUUAGGUGAACAAGUGAAGGGAGGAAAACCAAUGUGGCCUAAUGUUAUCCAUGGUCACUAUGCCGACGCUGGGGAGAUAGCAGCUCACUUGUCUGGUGCACUGAAUGUACCAAUGGUACUAACAGGGCACUCCUUGGGACGUAACAAGUUUGAACAGCUUCUGAAGCAAGGAAGGCUGUCUAGGGAGGCCAUAAAUGUGACAUACAAGAUAAUGAGAAGGAUUGAGGCUGAGGAGAUGGCGUUGGACGCUGCAGAAAUGGUUGUGACCAGUACAAGGCAAGAGAUUGAAGAGCAAUGGGGACUGUAUGACGGGUUUGACCUCAAGUUGGAGAGGAAACUUAGGGUUCGGAGACGGCGUGGAGUAAGCUGCCUAGGAAGAUACAUGCCUAGGAUGGUGGUCAUUCCACCAGGCAUGGACUUCAGUUAUGUUACAACACAUGAAUCAAUGGAAGGUGAGGGAGAUCUGAAGUCAUUGAUUGGAUCAAACAGAGCUCAAAGCAAAAAGAAACUACCUCCUAUAUGGUCUGAGAUAAUGCGAUUUUUCACAAAUCCUCACAAGCCAACUAUACUAGCCUUGUCCCGACCUGAUCCCAAGAAAAAUGUCAUGACCCUGCUCAAGGCUUUUGGGGAAUGCCACCGCCUCAGGGAAUUGGCCAACCUGACACUCAUACUUGGAAAUAGAGAUGACAUUGAAGAGAUGUCUGAAAGCAGUUCUACUGUUCUUUCCAUGGUGCUCAAGCUUAUUGAUAAGUACGAUUUAUAUGGUCAAGUAGCUUACCCCAAGCAUCAUAAACAAUCUCAAGUACCAGACAUAUAUCGUCUUGCUGCAAAAACUAAGGGAGUUUUUAUCAACCCAGCCUUGGUGGAACCAUUUGGCCUAACAAUCAUUGAGGCAGCAGCUUAUGGUUUACCUGUUGUCGCCACAAAAAAUGGAGGGCCGGUGGACAUUCUAAAGGUACUUAACAAUGGACUCCUGAUUGAUCCCCAUAAUCAGAAAGCCAUGGCAGAUGCACUGCUAAAGCUUGUUGCUGAUAAAAAUCUUUGGCUAGAGUGCCGCAAAAAUGGCCUAAGAAACAUCCAUCGUUUUUCAUGGCCAGAGCACUGCCAAAACUACCUCUCUCAUAUUGAACAUUGCAGGAACCACCUCUCUACCUCUCGCUUGGAAAUCAUGCCAAUUCCGGAAGAACCAAUAAGUGAUUCUCUAAGAGAUGUAGAGGACCUUUCUCUGAGAUUCUCCAUUGAAGGAGACUCCAAGUUUAAUAAUACAGAGACAGAUCCAGCAACCAGACCGAAAGAACUCAUUGAAGCCAUUAGCCAUAGGGUCUCAUCAUCUACUAGGAAUUCCAGUGCCAGUUUUCAUCCCAUGAGAAGGCAAAGGCUUGUUGUGAUUGCUGCAGAUUGUUAUGACAGAGAAGGAAGCUUGACAAAAGCUUUUGAGGCAAUUAUCAAGAGUGUGAUGAAAUUUGCAGGACCAGGUAUAGGAUCAGGAAGAGUUGGAGUUGUACUCUUAACAGGUUCAAGUUUGAAAGAGACAAUUGAAGCAUUAAACAGCUGCAAUAUAAACAUAGAAGAAUUUGAUGCUCUAGUGUGUAACAGUGGGAGUGAAAUGUAUUAUCCAUGGAAAGAUUUGAUGGUUGAUGAAGAUUAUGAAGCCCAUGUUGAGUAUAGAUGGCCCGGUGAAAAUAUUACAUCAAUGGUACCAAGGCUGGCUGGGAUUGAAGGUGAAGAAGAUAAGGACUACAUUGAAGAGUAUGUCAGUGGUUUUAGUUCUAGGUGUUAUUCCUACUGUGUGAAACCAGGCAUGAAGGUUAGAAACAUAUAUGAUCUUCGUCAAAGGCUACGAAUGAGAGGCCUCCGUUGUAACCUAGUCUAUACACAUGCAGGAUUCAGAUUAAAUGUGAUACCAUUAUUUGCAUCAAGAAAACAAGCUUUGAGGUAUUUAUCAGUUAAGUGGGGAAUUGAUCUGUCCAAAGCAAUCAUAUUUGUUGGAGAAAGAGGGGAUACAGAUUAUGAAGAACUCAUGGCUGGCAUCCACAAGACUCUUGUUUUAAGAGGAUCUGUAGAGGAAGGCAGCGAAAAGCUUCUUCACAGUGAAGACAGUUUCAAAAGAGAAGAUAUGUUCAAUCUAGACAGUCCCAACCUUAUCUAUUCAGAGAACGGCCACAUGGACUGUGACAUAUCUGCAAUUCUAGGGCAUCCUGGAGCAUCAUGAUUCCUAUUUGUUCACUUUUAUUUUUCAUAUGCCUUGUC